GUCGGCUAUCGUGCUCGUUACCUACACACCAAAGAAGACGUCAAAUUACCCCAUCUUGUUGAAGUCUAGUCAGAAUUUAAGAGAAAGAAUUCCGAACCAAAAGGUGCAGCCCAAAGCGCUUUUAUUUAUAGUCGGUUGGAGAUUACAUAUUAACUGUUGUAUGUAAUGCAGCAUUUACGCCACUAGUUUCAACCAGAACUAACUGGACACGGAACGUGACACUACUCCUGGCUCGCUUGCAACGGAGCUGCGAGGAACCAAAGGAAAAUAUACAUGUAAACUAGACCGCUACCACCACGGACUUCUUGUGGGACAAACGUACGGGGCUCGCUGCUAAAACGAUGCCUUACACAAGACGGUACACAUCCUCAGACAGAGAGAGUCGCAGCAGCUACCAUGAUCGUUACAGAGACAAAGAUCGAGAUAGAGGACGAAGACAAAGACACAGAAGAUCACCCACAUAUUCUUCGAGCAGUGACAGAGACCGAGAUCGAGACCGGCAUGGACGGGCUCAGAGACAAGAUACAAGUUUUGUACGCUCAAGGAGUCGGAGCUUUGACAAUCGCUCAACAGAGCGCCGGCCAUUUGAUCGAAGAUACUACGAGGGAUACAGAAGAUUGGAUCAGAGCCGAGAUGGUGACAGAGACAGGGAGCCACGUGGAACAGCAGAAUGUUACUAUCCACGAGACUUCUCCCCAAGCAUGUAUGACUACCGACGCAGCCGAGAAAGAGAUCGUGAGCGAGAUGAGUCAUACCGACGAAAGGGCAGCAGGCGUAAGCACAAACGAAGGCGGCGUAGAACCAGGUCCUAUAGCCCAUCCUCCUCGCGGAGCAACAGCCGGACGCGGGCACUGAGUGUGAGGGACGACGAGGAAGGGCACCUGAUCUGUCGGAGUGGGGACGUCCUGCAAGAGAGAUAUGAGAUUGUCAGCACUUUGGGGGAAGGCACCUUUGGGAGGGUGAUGCAGUGUAUCGACCAUCGCAGGGGUGGCACCAACGUUGCCCUGAAAAUUAUCAAGAAUGUGGAGAAGUACAAAGAAGCAGCCCGCCUUGAGAUCAACGUACUUGAAAAGAUCAACGAGAAGGAUCCUGACAACAAAUUCCUGUGUGUGCAGAUGUUCGACUGGUUUGACUACCAUGGUCACAUGUGUCUCUCCUUUGAGCUGCUAGCUCUCAGCACCUUCGAUUUCCUCAAAGAAAACAACUACCUGCCCUACUCCAUCGGUCAAGUCCGACACAUGGCCUACCAAAUCUGUCUUGCUGUGAAGUUUAUGCAUGACAAUAAGCUGACACACACCGACCUAAAGCCUGAGAACAUCCUGUUUGUCAACUCGGAUUUCACUAUGUCUUACAAUGUUGAAAAGAAGCGAGAAGAGAGGACAGUUAAGAGCACGGCAGUACGCAUAGUAGACUUCGGCAGUGCAACUUUUGACCAUGAGCAUCACAGCACGAUCGUGUCCACCCGGCAUUACCGUGCCCCUGAGGUCAUAUUGGAAAUGGGCUGGGGCCAUCCAUGUGACGUGUGGAGCAUUGGCUGCAUCCUAUUUGAAUACUACCUGGGCUUCACCUUGUUUCAGACUCAUGACAACAGGGAGCAUUUGUCCAUGAUGGAGAGAAUCCUUGGACCUGUGCCAUCCAGAAUGAUCCGUAAGACAAGAAAGCAGAAGUAUUUCUACCGGGGCCGUCUGGACUGGGACGAGGGCUCCUCAGCUGGCAAAUAUGUGCGGGAAAACUGCAAACCUCUGAGGCGAUACUUGCUGUCGGAGGCGGAGGAGCACCAUCAGUUGUUUGACAUCAUCGAAAGCAUGUUGGAGUACGAGCCCUCAAAGAGGCUGGCGCUGGCCGACUCCAUCAAGCACCCUUUUUUUGACUGCGGGGGGGCUUGUGAGGCAACAGGCAGCAAGAGCUGGGAGGGGAACCGGGACAUCAGCCGGUGAUCUGCAGCACCCCGUCCCAAGACUGGUACAGACUAUUUUUUAUACAUGUUGCAAUAGUGUCUGUUGAUCAUCAUGAAAGCCAGGGGAACCUUCAGAGUGUCCACUUCUACAGCCAAGAGAGCUCUAAGACCGGAGGAGGCCAACUGCAGUGUGUUGAACAGACCCUUAAUGUACCCAAAGUAGCCCGCUAUGCAGCUCUCGUCUUCCUCUGACUUCCCACCCUUACCGUCCAUCCAUCAGCAUCACGUGGGAUAAAUAUCAAAAGUCUGUUUUUGAGAAGAACAUAACUGAUGAACGAAAAAACGUACAUGCAGCAUUUUAGCAAAGCUUCCUAAAUCGAUGCCAUCAUGCUCAAAGAAGGCAAACAAAAUUCUUCUUUACACGAGAGUUCCAAAGCAAAAAAUAAAAGCAGUGCAAAUUGCAAGUGUCAUGAAUGUUUGCUUUUGUUAAAGAGCACUUGCACCAAAUUGUUUUAUAUGCUUUAAGCAUAAUGAUGUGGUGUUUCGGUCUUUAUUAGUCACAAAUAUGACGACAUACACUCCACACAACUUGUUAGUUAUUACUCCACCAAGCAAGGACUGUGGUUUAUUUAUUUGUUUGUAUGCGGAUAUUAUUGUUCUGGUUUGCUUUUUACAUUAUGCUUUGCUUUCUACAUGGUGGUGUAGGAAGGGUGUUAAUGUAAUAAUGUAUUACACAAUGACCUGUAUCUUGGCCUUAGCUGUGGAGUUUUCUGACACUUUUAAACUAAAGUAUAAAUUUGCCUUUCCAAAUGUGUGACGUCAUCACGCCUGCGGUUUAUCCCACAAAAGCGUUCUGGGUGGCGUCCAAAUGAGCUGCACACAACUGUAUGAAAAUGUUUAUUUUUGGUGAGCAUGUGUUUUUUUCGCCCCAGUAGGUCAUUGUUAUGUAUAUGGAUAUUUUUUGUAUGAAAUAAUGCCUAUAAAAGUGUAUAUAUGUAUGAUGCUGUAGAAAUAAAAAAAAGUCCUCCUUUC